AGUGCAGACGACGGUUCAGAUUGAAAAGAGCAGUCUUCACACUCAGUUAUAAAAGGUCCACUCUGACGUACGUGACAACUAGCACGGCUGCAUUGCCCAGCGGGUUUCUUGCAUAAUGAUGUCCAGUCUUCGGCUCCUUCGUUUGAUCGCGCUGCUGUCGGUCACCCAGCUGGCCGAAGCAAUCGGACCGGUGGUACGGUGCGAGCCUUGCGAUGUUGCAUCAGUGAGCCAGUGCAAGCCUUUGCCCUUAGAUUGCGCCGAGAAGCUCCGCGAGCCCGGCUGCGGCUGCUGUGUGACUUGCGCGUUGAGUAAGGGGCAGUCCUGUGGAAUUUACACGAGUAGAUGCGGCUCCAGUUUGACCUGCCAGCCCCGGCCGGGGGAGACGAGACCACUCCUAGCCUUGCUGGAGGGACGAGGGAUUUGCUCAGAAAAUCGCAAUGGGAUUUCGGUGCCUGCUCAUGGUGAAGAUAACACCACGGAAGAAGACGGAAGUUCCAAAGGCGCCGACACCAAAGACGGCCGGUGUGGGCUGACCGGUCUCAGGGCCGUUUUGCCCCACCCGAAGGCGGAGGUCAUCAAGAACGCCGAGGACAACAAGUCGCAGCGCUCCAAAGUCAAGCCGCUCGCCGGCGCCGUCGGCGCGGACGGGCAGAACUUCUCCUGUGGGUCCAAGCAGGAGACGGAGAAUGGUCCGUGCAGGAGAGAGAUGGAGAGUGUACUGAACAGCCUUAAGCUCACAGACAUCAUAAACCCGCAGGGACUCCACAUUCCAAACUGCGACAAGAAAGGAUUCUACAAGAAAAAGCAGUGCCGUCCAUCCAAAGGGCGACAGAGGGGGUUCUGCUGGUGCGUGGACAAGUACGGGCAGCCCCUGCCGGGCGUCGAGGGCACAGAGAGGGGCGACGCCCAGUGCUACAACUCCGAGAACCAGUGAGUGGCAGGGGGCGGGGCCACUGUGAGGCGGGGCCCAGGAAGGCCCUGCUGGAUGCGUGCGGAAGCUCAGAGGAAGACCACUGCGCCCCUGCGGAACGUGACCUCACCUGCCCUCCCCCAACACCACCCCCCGCCCCCCCCGCCCAGCCCCUCUCCACCAGAGCCAGGGUGGCGAGCUGUGAUUGGCUCCCGGAGCUGGGCUUGCUGGGAACUAUUCACCCCCCUCCCCCCCCCCCCCCACGAACGAGUCGCGCCUCUUGCCAGAAGAGGAGGAGCUGUGGCGCAGCGGUCCGCGGCUUCGUCGCGCGAGUCAUGGUCACGGAGAGGCCGUAGACUAUCGAGACUAUCCUUUAGAGAAAGGGAGGGGGGGAUCAAGACUUCUGUUGAGGGAGGAGGGACCGUCAGCCCUAAUGCGAUCAGGUGUCCGACAUGGAGCUCUGAGAAAGAGGCAUCGUCACGGAUGUGCUUCCCUCUGCACUGUUCGUGUGUGUGCUCGUGUGUGUGUGUGUGUGUGCGCGCGCGUGUGUGCGUGCGGGCGCGUGUGUGUGUGUGCGUGUGUGUGUGUGUGUGUGUGCUCGUGUGUGUGCUCGUGUGUGUGUGUGUGUGUGCGUGCGCGUGUGUGCGGGCGCGUGUGUGUGCGUGCGCGUGUGUGUGUGUGCGCGCGCGUGUGUGCGUGUGUGUAUGUGUGUGUGUGUGCACACGUGUGUGCGUGUGUCUGAACACAGUGUUGAAAUACAUGAAGGAGAUACGUUCGUGCUGUGACCCAGUGACGUGCCGAUGUGUGGGCUGCCCGGGAAGAAUCCGUGCCACUCAGACUCGGCUUGUUUUCACUGGCUUUUCGCCCCAGCUAUUCUCAGGGUCCGUGGCAGAGGCUCAUGGGAAGGGGAUGACCGAUGACAUUUCCGCUAAGCUGCCUCAGCGCUUCUUGGCGCUGAGCGCGCGGGAUCAGCUGACACGCACGCGCCCGCGUGCCUCCGCUGGCCGCCCUCGCACACGUCCGCUCGGGCCAGCUGUCCGUCAUGCGAGGCCACUCCCUCCAUCGGCCACGCGCCAGGGCGAGAGAGAGCGCUUUGAAAAGAGAACAACGGGCGGCGUAUCCGCAGCGAAGCGCUCGGACCUGCCUUACUGCAGGGGUCGCAUACCGGCCCUUCUGUGUUAGCGGUGGCUACAGAGAAACGGUUUAACAGACAAAUAAGCUGAGAAAGACAGUGAGAGAAUGGGGGGAGAGAGGCAGGCAGAGAGAGAGAGAGAGAGAGAGAUAAUGUGAGAGCCUCAGAGUGAGAUCUCCCAUUGUCGCCGGUGUCACUACCAUUUUGGGAUCGGGUCAGCAAGAUACUGACCCCACCAGUUCUUGACCAAUCAAACCUGUCUAUCACCACUUCUUGUUAAUGUCCACAGACUGUCUCUCCACGGUCAUACGUGGUAUUUCAUACAACCAGAUGUUUUCCCAGAUACUUGAGUGAGAAUUCAACUGGGGCUGGAAAAUGUGUGGUAUACUUUGUCUCUUUUUCUUUGCUUACCUUCUUGAAAGUAUGAAUGUUAACAAACAAGUGCCUUAUUGGCUGCAUAUUAUAGCCUGUGGAAGCAUGCAUUUGCCAUAGCCAGUCCUGGUUCAGUCUACGUUAACUGCCUUCUUUGGGAAUGACUUGAAAUUUAAACAUGCCACUCUGGUGCUUUCUCAAUAGCAUUGCAGUCUAGCAUUAUUCUAUGCUUGCUGUGAAUAUGAUUGUUUGUGCUUUGGAUGGGGAACUUCAAAAUACAGUAGUUAACCCUUAUUUUGCUUGGUAAAUGUUGUUUCUGUUAUUUUGUAUUGUCUUUUUGGCUUUAACAGCUGCCUGUGCAAAUUAAAUAAGCUUUAAAUGAAUUGUAAGCUGACUGAUAAUGUGUUAAAUCAGACUGUACUAUACUGUGAGUCAUUGGCAACUUCAUUGCACUGAUAAAACAAUGCAUGAUUUUGGGACUAUAAUCACUAUAAUGGAUUUAAUAAUGCAAGUGUUUGCCAUUUUGUUGAGUGAUACGUGGUGAAAGGACAAUGAGGGUACAUAAAACUAACAAAAAAAUAAGUAAAUGAAUCAUGGGUGGGCCUACCGUAGCAAUUGCACACCGAUUUAAACCAACCAUUGAGUUUCUGCAGAGAGCACAGUAUUUUGAUUGGUUCAGACAAGUCAUUGAUUGACAGCUCAUUAUAGCUCCACCCAUUACACUUCAUGAACCUCUUUCUCCCAUCACCUGGGGCCUGUGUGCCCUGACCAUGUGACAGGCCAUGUGACGGUCAGAGCCAGUUGACCUUGUUAGGGGCAUCCCAGAACUGUUAUUUUAUUUUUUUUUGUUACAUUGAUUGUAUUUAAUGUCUCUUUUUAAUAAAAUAUAUACAGAAAAACA